AUGGGUUUUAUUAACAAAGUGGUUAUAGUGACUGGCGCUAGUUCAGGUAUUGGCGCCGCUACUGCGCUACUGUUUGCUAAAAACGGUGCAAACGUGGUAAUGAUCGGAAGGAACGAGACAAAGCUCAAGAAUGUAGCUGAACAAUGCGUCCGAGCUGGUAACACGCCUUUUGUCAUCAAAGCCGAUAUGAGUAAAGAUGACGAUGUCAAAAGAAUCAUCAAUGAAACUGUAAAGAAAUUUAACAAAAUAGACGUUUUGGUUAACAACGCUGGAAUGGGUGUUUUUGGUUUCAUUCUGGAUGGAAGUAUACUAAAGGCGUACGAUAAUAUAAUGGCUGUAAAUGCGCGAGGAAUAGUGCAUCUGACAGCUUUAGCUGCACCUUAUCUUGUUAAAACUAAAGGUAAUAUUGUGAACAUAUCGAGUAUAGCAGGGAAGAUGACCAGUCCCCUUGGAGGAUAUCUCGCAUAUAGUGUUUCCAAAGCUGCAUUAGACCACUUCACUCGUGGUGCUGCUUUGGAGUUAGCACCUUCGGGUGUAAGAGUGAAUUCUAUAAGUCCUGGACCGGUGAAAACUGACUUUCUAGAAAACGCAGGUGUUCCAGGAAUGUCCUGGGAUGACCUGGCUUUAUCACUACCACUUAAGAGAUGCUCAGAGCCUUCAGAAAUUGCAGAAAUUGUCCUUUACUUAUCAAGUGAGAAGGCGAAGGGUGUGACGGGUUCGGAUUUUGUUUCUGACAACGGGGCGCUAUUGCAAUUGAAUGUUCCACAAUAA